UGCAUUAUAAUUAGCUCUGAGAGCUGGUGGCUGUUUUUCAACCAGUUUUUGUUUUCUUUAGGAAGAGAACAAGAAGAAGAAGAAUCAGGCAGAAGAACACACAUUUGAAAAGUCUGAGCUGUUUCAAAAAAGAAGCAGAAAGAAAAAAAGGAGGAAGAAGCCUGGAGGAACACAAGGCAGCGAUGGACCGCAGAGUGGCUCAGUCUGACCCUGGGGUGGCCUGGAUUCACACACUGCUGCUGGCCACCAUCCAGCACACACACUAGGCUGCCAACGCCAGUGAGAUGUCUUCCAACACACAGGUUCGGGUCCACAUUUGCCCAGCUCCCAUGUAUUUGUUCAGACAUGCUCCCUGGUUAUGGAUUCUCACCUUUUCCUGAUUUUCAACUCCACCUUCACGCUUUUUGCUGCCGAGCAGAGAGUCCCAGUAUGUGGAUCCCUGGCUCAGGAGAGUCCCAGACUCUGAGCGAGGCCCAGGAGGAUAGGCCUCUCCUCCAUUCAUGCCAACACAAGCAUGUUGCUGUGUGCCAGCAGGAAACAUUGGCUUUUAUCGAGCUGCAGCCACCAGUGACUCCUAAACUAAACAGUCUUGGCUCUCCGAGAUCAACUGAUGCACAAUGCACGACACACUUCCCACCACUGAAUGGUUUUAGACACACUCUAAAUGAACUGAAUGAAAUGCAGAACGGCUGCCACAGGACAGACAGUGAACACAAAACAGCAGUGAAUUUGAACUCUCAUACAUCUGCGGGUGACGGAGACCUUGAAUGCCAUGAUGACUUCAGGACUUCUUUGCAGGAGCAAACUGAAAAGUCACGAAUUGUUACAACAGUAUGUCGUCCUCUACACGCAGCCCUUAGCCUCCCUCUGUCGUUCCCUCUGUCCUCUCUAUACACAAACAGAGACUCCUGGGAAUCUCAGUUGCCUUGCUCACCAUGCUCAUCUGAAGGUGCUGGGUGUCAGAGCCCUGACUCCUGCCAGCCACAAAGGAGAACAUCACAGCAUUCACUGAAAGAGAAGUCUAUCCGGCGAAAGAUGCAGGUUUAUUCCCCAGACAGCCUGAGUGAUGAAUCUCUCAGCAGCCCAAUUGCAGACUACAUCUUCCCUGGACCUUUUGCAUCUUUCCUGGAGGAGGAACUCAGUGGAUUAUCUUCCCUGGAGGCCAUUUCAAGUCCUUCAUCCACAGACGGUGUUACAGACCUCCCAAACCUCAGUGGAGGUGAUAUUUUCAGUCUACCUGCAGAACCACUGCACAUAAUUGAGCACUCAGUAACAGGAGUGGAGGAAAAUGACGGGAGUAGGGAGAUGUCAAAUGCCACUGGGGGGAGCUUUAUGUUGCGUGGCCGUCAAGGGGACCAAGAGCGACGGCGCUUCUCAGCUUCAGAGCUGAUAUCUAGACUGCAGCUCUCCCAAAAGAAGAACUCCUUCACUCUGAAGCUGGGCAAAUCGCUGUCUGCACGCGUAGCCUCCAGAGACAGACAGAGCUCCAAUAGCCUCAGCUCCAGCCCGGACUGUAAGUCUAACUCCAAGCAGCGCAGCUCUGGAGGCUCUAGUGAUAGCGCCCCCCACAGUCCUGUAGAACCUGUGCCACCUCUGCCCAGCAGUGACAAUGGGAUGCCUUUGCAUCGGUGGAGCUCAAAACUGGGAUUGCGAAAGAAAUCCAUAGAGGAAGACUUAGGCACAGUUCCAUCUGUUGCUUGCACCAAUCGCUUAUCACGGUUUUUGCCAAGUUCAAUUCUGUACCAGGAAUACAGCGAUGUUGCCAUCAACAGAGAGAUCCAGAGGCAACAGGGGAAGGAGCCAGGCACAGAGGAGGAGGGGCUCAGGGACGAGGGCUCAGACUGGACCCCGUCUCCAUCUAAUCUGUCUCCAUCCAGCUCCUUCCGUUCCUCACAAGGCUCUGCUUUUGCACUGUGGCAAGACAUACCCGAUGUGCGAACCAGCGGUCAGCUCGACAACUUCAGCAACGAGGAGAGAAAGUUGCAGGAGGCAAAGUUUGAGCUGGUGACUUCUGAAGCAUCGUACAUUCGUAGUUUGACGAUUGCGGUGGACCACUUCAUGUUGUCGCAGGAGCUCUCUGAGUGUCUGGGAGCUCAAGAGAAGCAGUGGCUCUUCUCCAAGCUGCCUGAAGUCAAAGAUGUCAGUGAGAGGUUUCUGCAGGACCUGGAGCACAGGUUGGAAGAAGACAUUCUGCGUUUUGAUGUGUGUGACAUCGUUCUGGAUCACUGCCCGGCUCUGCGCAGGGUGUACUUACCUUAUGUAACCAACCAAGCAUACCAAGAGCAGACAUACCAACGUUUGCUACACGACAGCCCUCGUUUCCCUGGCAUCCUGGCUCGUUUGGAGGAGGACCCCAUCUGCCAAAGACUUCCUCUGACCUCUUUUCUAAUCCUUCCGUUUCAGAGGAUCACACGGCUUAAAAUGCUGGUGGAGAAUAUCUUAAAGAAGACGACGCCAGGCUCUCGAGAUGAGGACACUGCCACGAAAGCUUUCAAUGAGCUAAAAAAGAUCAUCAAAGAAUGUAACUCCAGUGUGCAGUCAAUGAAGAGGAUGGAGGAACUUAUUCAUCUCAAUAAGAAAAUUCAUUUUGAGGGAAAGAUCUUUCCUCUGAUCUCUCAGUCCCGCUGGCUGGUAAAACACGGUGAACUCCUGGAAGUGGACACUCAGAUGAUGAGUAUUUCUGGAUCAAAGCUCAAGCUACCCACCAAGCCUGUGUAUCUCCAUCUGUUCAAUGACUGUCUGCUGCUGUCCAGGAGGAAGGAUACAUGGAAGUUUAUGGUGUUCGUGCAUGCCAAGAUAGGAGAACUGAAAGUGAAGGAUCUCAGUCAGAAGCUGCUGGGCGUCUCGGGCUUCAUCUUUCACCUGCAGCUGUGUGAAGGCCAGCAGCUCAAGCACCACAUCCUGCUCAAAUCACACACUGAGAGUGGGAAGCAGAGAUGGAUCACAGCAAUGUUUCCAUCCAACCCACUUGAAGACAUCGAGCAAGCAAAUGAGAAUGACGAUAUAUCCCAGGUUCAGUGCAUCAAAAGCUACCAGGCCCAAGAGCAUGAUGAGCUAACACUUGAAAAGGCCGACAUUCUUCACGCUAAGACCAUUACAAGUGAUGGUUGGGUGGAAGGCAUCAGACUGUCCGAUGGGGAACGGGGCUGGUUCCCCAAAACCUAUGUGGAGGAGAUCACAAGCCGCAGCGCGCGCCUGCGCAACCUCAGAGAAAAUAUGCGCAUUAAAUGUGUGACACAGAAACUGAAGGGGUAGGACUAACCAACUGUACUGCAUCUUGUUGUGUGUCAAAGGUACAGGUCAGUGCCUAAAUGACAUUUUGAAGCUUCUGGAUCACUGUUAAAAUUUUAGAUGGCUGUGGGACUUUGGUAUACUAUGAGGGGACUAAUACAAGCCAACGCAUUUAUUUACUUCCUUUCCUUGCUCUCUUUACUGCAGUCUGUGUACUUGGCAACCAAAGGAUUUUCAUUUUGAAAUAAGAAAACCAAAGUCGGGAAAUGGACUGUUUCCCAGUUGCCAUUUAGAAAUAGGGAAACAAAAAAGUGACCAACUGGUCAUUUUUCAUUGUAACAGAAAACCACAGAAAACAAAACAAACAGUCGUUAUCUGGUUUAGUUUAAUAUGUUUAUAAAUGGAACUCAGGAAUUAAAGUAGCCUACAUGCAUUCACUCUCUCCCUUGCUCAGCCACAUCCAUGCUUUCUCUCUCAGCAGGCAGUGAAAUCUGGGUGCAAUUUUCCACUCCACUAAGAGAGAAAGAGAGAGCAAUUUUAUUUUUUAGCAAGAAUAGAACAGUGAAUCAAAGUGAUAAAAUGUUAUUUUCUGAUUGUAUCCUGGUGGUUAUGUUCUAUAGCACAAAUAAAGACAGCUACAACUCUGCACAACCCUGUGAGGUAGGAUCUUGUGUGAUGCACAAAGCACACACUUCAUCCUCCUGUCUGUCCUGCUGGGGCCUCUGACCUGCACUUUGUGUGUAUGUAGCUAAGCUCCGUCCUCAGUCAAACAGACAGGCCCACAGAUCUGAAAUUGAAUGCAUGUAGGCUACUUUAAUUCCCAGU